AUGUGGACUCUGCCCAGUAAGAAGUGGCACUGGAGAGCGAGGACCUCAGCACUGGUUUUCAGCCAGAGACUCCCCCAGGACCAUGGGUUCAGGGUCCUGUUUUGCUCUUCGGUUCUGAACCUCUGUGAGCUGCUGAGUCUUAGACCGGAUUUGUCCAAGCUCAAGACGGUUCUGUACUUCCACGAGAACCAGCUGGUCUACCCUCGGCAGAAGACCCAAGACCGGGACUUCCAAUAUGGCUACAACCAGAUUCUGUCCUGUCUGGUUGCAGACCUGGUCCUGUUUAACUCCCAGUUUAAUCUUGACUCCUUCGUUGGCUCUCUGAAGUCCUUCCUGAAACAGAUCCCGGACCAUCGACCCAAAGACCUGGAGUCCAAGAUCCGGUCCAAGUCCCGAGUCCUAUACUUCCCCUUGGACCUGCCAGACGUCCUGCAAUUUCUUCCUGAACACAAACGAAGAAGACGUCAGAGUGCAACCAGAUCAGAAGCUCCUUCAGAACCGGCUGCAGGCCAGGGCCUGGAUCAGGGCCUGGAUCAGGGUCUGGAUCAGGGUCUGGAUCAGGGUCUGGAUCAGGGUCUGGAUCAGCGGCCCCUGCACAUCGUGUGGCCCCACAGAUGGGAACACGACAAAGACCCAGAUCUUCUUUUCUGGGUUCUUCUCAGACUCAAAGACCGAGGUCUGGACUUCAGAGUGUCUGUGCUGGGGGAGCGCUUCAGCGAGGAACCAGAGGUCUUCUCCAGGUCUCUGGACCUCCUGAAGGACCAUGUUCUCCACUGGGGGUUCCUCCAGAGCAAAGAUGAGUUCUACAGAGUCCUGUGUGAAGCAGACCUGGUCCUGUCCACGGCCCGCCAUGAGUUCUAUGGGGUCUCCAUGCUGGAGGCCGUGCACUGUGGCUGUUUCCCUCUGGUUCCUGAUGCUCUGGUUUAUCCUGAAAUAUUCCCAGAUCUGUACAGAUACAGAACACGAGACCAACUGUGUAAGAGACUCACAAACUACUGCAGACGACCAGACAAAGUGAGAGAGCACCGAGUGGAGGUCGACAUGUCCCGUUUCUCCUGGAAAACUCUGAGGCCAAAGUUCAUGGAGCUGCUGUCGACCUCUGACCCAGAGUGUGACCUCUGA